AUGACAGCUCGAGUGCAUUGCUCGUUGAUUGCUGUUGUAUUGUGUCUGUUCGGAUACUUGAGCACAUCAGAUGCUACUAUAGGUUUGGGAUGGCAUGGGAAGCUGAUGGGCUUGCUUUCCCAUCGAGGAUGUUCUUCUGAUAAAGACUGCUCUAGAGGAAGCAAAUGUUCUGUUCUCGAUUUCACUGUGAGUUUCAUGAAGCCAGGUCGAUGUCCAAACCUGAAGAACAUUCCACUGUCUGCUAAAAGCUGUAUCAAUGAUGGCGAGUGUCCUGCCAUACAGAAAUGUUGCCCAAACACCCGUGGCCAUGCAUGCAGUGAACCAAGCAGCCAGGGCAGCGGAAUGGGCCAGGGCAUGGGCCAAGGAUUGGGCCAGGGCAUGGGCCAAGGAAUGGGCCAGGGAAUGGGCCAGGGCAUGGGCCAGGGAAUGGGCCAGGGCAUGGGCCAAGGAAUGGGCCAGGGCAUGGGCCAAGGAAUGGGCCAGGGCAUGGGCCAAGGAAUGGGCCAGGGCAUGGGCCAAGGAAUGGGCCAGGGCAUGGGCCAGGGCAUGGGCCAAGGAAUGGGCCAGGGCAUGGGCCAGGGCAUGGGCCAAGGAAUGGGCCAGGGCAUGGGCCAGGGCAUGGGCCAAGGAAUGGGCCAGGGCAUGGGCCAAGGAAUGGGCCAGGGCAUGGGCCAGGGCAUGGGCCAAGGAAUGGGCCAGGGCAUGGGCCAGGGCAUGGGCCAAGGAAUGGGCCAGGGCAUGGGCCAGGGCAUGGGCCAGGGCAUGGGCCAAGGAAUGGGCCAAGGAAUGGGCCAGGGCAUGGGCCAAGGAAUGGGCCAAGGAAUGGGCCAGGGCAUGGGCCAGGGCAUGGGCCAAGGAAUGGGCCAGGGGAUGGGCCAAGGAAUGGGCCAGGGCAUGGGCCAGGGCAUGGGCCAGGGAAUGGGCCAGGGCAUGGGCCUGGGCAUGGGCCAGGGCAUGGGCCAGGGCAUGGGCCAGGGCCUGGGCCUGGGCAUGGGCCAGGGCCUGGGCCUGGGCAUGGGCCAGGGCAUGGGCCAGGGCAUGGGCCUGGGCAUGGGCCAGGGCCAGGGCCAGGGCCAGGGCUAGGACAUGGGUCAAGGGUAGAGGCCAGGGCAUGGGCCAGGGCAGUGGUCAGGGUCAGGAAAGUGGCCGGGGCCAUGGUCUGUGAUGUGAUCAGGGUAACUGUGGACUUUGAAUCUUUCAUAGGAAUUUUGCAUAACAAAAUUCUACAAAAUUUAGCUUUGACUGUUAAGAAAGAUUCUUCCCCUCCUUCCCUCAAAUAAAAAAAAAUUGCUUG